AUGGUUGUGUAUGAGAAGGAAAUAUUUGAUGUUGACAAUGUUAAUAUCAGAAUAUUACGAAAAAUAAUAGAGGGCUCACUUCUCAUAAAGGGAUUUGAAUCAGGUGGAUGGAAGUGGGAACCUCUUUUCAGCCAUUCAACGAAGCUUGAGCCAAUUGAAGAAGUCACCAUAAAGUGUGAUUUGUUGGACAUGCCUGCUGUAGGGCAACUGGAGAAGGAUGCCAAAUAUUCAUUGGUUUAUCAGCUUCUGAAGAUUUUUUUGACCCAGAGAUUGGAUGCUUACAUGGAAUUUCAAGCUGCAAAUUCUUCUUUAUUGAAAAGCUAUGGUCUCGUCCAUGAAGAUUGCAUUGCAAAGAUGAGGUUAUUAUCAUUGGUAGAUCUUGGCUCAAAUGAAUCUGCCCGUAUUCCAUAUGCUCUCAUCAAGGGUGUUACUUGUGUGUUACUUGUGCUUCAGAUCAAUGAUGAUGAGGUCGAACUGUGGGUCGUGAAGGCCAUUACGUCCAAAUUGAUUGACUGCAAAAUGGACCAGAUGAACGAAGUUGUGAUUGUGAGGGAGUCUUGGACAUCACCACCACAGAGGUCGCAGACUACUUAAUUGGAGGUGUCAUGACUUGAAGUGGAUAUUUUUAUGGUUCUCUUCCCUUGAACAAUAUUUUAAAUCUCUAUGUUUCUCUCAUCUCACAGGGUUCUCCUUUUUGCAAACUUGUUCGUGAAGUGCUUGUAGAGUUGGAGUUACCACAUUUAGUACGUUGGUAAAGUCUCUUAUACCGUUCAUUUUUCAAGGCACACUAUUAUUAAUUACAUACACUCACUUAUUAAUAUCGUCUAGGAUCUUUGCAUAUAAAUCUUUGUCAAUAUGGCAAUGGCCUUUUAGGUGGUGUAAGCGGUAGAAGGAAAAAAGAUUACUGAGUGUGAAUAUUGAGUAUUAGUAAGAAAAUAUAGGCCUAUACGAAAAUGUUGCCAUUUAUAUCUUAUAGAUGUACAUUAUCACUUCUUAUUUUUUCUUAGUUCACUCUUAAGGCAAUCGGACCACAUAUUCUCAACAGUUUGAGGAAUUGUAUUAAGUUUUUUUGGGAUUUUUGAAGUUUGAGGAAUUUUCUUAGUUUUUUUGAGGAAUUUUCUUAGUUUUUUUGAAGUUUAGCAUUUGAA